AUGUCCUCGACACUUGUUGUUCCUGUACUCGAUACUGGGUCCCUCGGUGAUGUGCAUGGUGUCAUGGAGGACCGUAUUCAUUACCUGACCCACCUGACGGGUCAAGACAUUGUUGUGCACCUUCCAGAGAUCGAGACUGGUGGCUUCGGGUCGGAGCGCCAACAGAUCACACCUCAGAACGUUGAUCAAAGAGAUCCACAGGCGGAUAAAGCGAAGCUAAAGAUGAGAUAA